AAUCCUUAAUUGAACAGUGGUCACGUCUAUGUCCAGACAAGCUGAAAGGCUUUACUCUUUUCAGUGACAUAAUAUAAAGAUACCGAUCAUAAUUCAAUUUUAUCUAAAAUACGUCAAUUUGUUGACCCAACGAGCCAGUGAAUAAUGAAAAUAUUAGUUUUGUUAUUGUUGAUAGUCUGGAUCCAGUUUUGUGUAGGUCGAAGAAAUAGUGACGGAGGUAGAGUUAAGACAAUUUUUGAGAAAUAUAACGUGACAGCAUUCAAGAAAAAAGAAAUAAUACAGACCCCUAAUUAUCCUAACUUCUAUAAAGAGCCUUUCAAGAUCGAAUGGAACAUUAAAGCAAACAAGUCAUUCUCUAAGGCCAUAGUAAAGCUUAAUUUCGUGGACGCUGAUUUUCCUCAGUCAUUUACCUGUUAUGAAGACCAUGUGGAUGUUAUGGAUGGCCCGUCUAUGUUAUAUACUACAAUAAAGACAUAUUGUGGUGGAACAAUUCCAGGUGUGGUUACUUUAUCUGGCGAUUCUGCAACUAUAUAUUUCUAUACUACCAGUGACGACAAUAAUUAUAGAGGAUUUAAGAUGGAAUAUUGGGCCGAAGAAGAUGUAGAUGAAUUUGGACCUAUCCACUACAGUACUGUUAACUACGUUUUAAUUGCGAUAAGUGCAGUUGUCCUUUUGGUAGUAUUGAUAGGUUUCGCAUAUCUUAUCAUUCGAGAAUGCAGGAAAAAGCCAACAACGUACACACCAAACUUUCAACAAUAUAGUAAACCGCCCAGGAGAAAGCGGUAUUCGUUUGUUUAUGAGAAAUAUUUCGUAAAUCCAGAUCAACAGAAUUUCAAACCGUUUGAGAAGUUAAAGCUGCCACCCAUCACGGAAUCUGUUUUCAAUACACACAAUGAGAUCGAAAACAUGAAAAAUCGUAUGCGAGGAGAACUUUGAUUUUGAUAUUUUGCUUGUCUGUUAAUAAAUUGUUAUCAUUUUGUUAUAAA